GCGAUAAGAAGUGGUGUCACCUUCGCCUUUAUCGGCUGCCACUCCACGAGGCUCGGCGAGGGACCACUCGUCGCCGCACAGUCACGAUGCUCCGGCUCGCGCUGCUGAUCGCGCUGGCCAGCGCUGCACGGGCAGGAAACAACCUGAACGAGCAGGUCAACCAAAACAGGUACUUCCUCCACGACCGAUGCCGAAUCGGGCUGCAGGAACAAGUCAACUUGGAAUUGCACGCUAGCUUGGUCUACAUGCAGAUGGCCGCACAUCUGGCCAACAACAAGGUGGCCCGCAACGGGUUCGCGCGCUUCUUUCGCGACCAGUCGAGCGAGGAGCGCGAACACGCGCAGAAGCUCAUCGACUACGUGAACCUGCGCGGAGGCACCGUGUCCGCCGUGAACGUGGACAUGCCGGCCACGGCCACCUGGAUGAGCGUCCUGGACGCCCUGCAGGCGGCGCUCGCCCUGGAGCACCGCGUCACCAACAGGCUGCACGAGCUGCACCGGCUCGCCGACGACAGCCAGGACCCGCAGAUGGCAGACUUCCUGGAGCAGGAGUUUCUGGCCGAACAGGUCCGCUCCAUCGACCAGCUGCAGCGGCUCAUCACGCAGCUGCAGAACAUGGACACCGGCCUGGGCGAGUUCCUGCUGGACCAGCAACUGCGCGCCUAAUGACUAAUAAAGCUUGUAGGACUCGCA